AUGGCUGGUGAGGAUGGACUGAACGAGGUGCCUCUCUACGCGCCAGACGAUGUGGAUCCUUCGAGACAUGUGUACCUCAACCCCGAAAUCGCCAAACGCUUGAAGCCGCAUCAGAUUGAGGGUGUCAAGUUCAUGUGGCGAGAGAUCACUGCACCCGAGGAUGAAGAUGGUCAGGGCUGUCUGCUUGCUCACACGAUGGGUCUGGGCAAGACAGCUCAGAGUCUAGCUCUUCUCACGGCCAUAGCUGAAACAGUGAAGGAUAAGGACAAGCGCGAUGCCCUUCCUGACGACCUGAAAAAAGCCAAGGGAAAGCUCAGAGCGCUUAUAUUGUGUCCGCCAAGCCUCAUGGCGAACUGGAAGCAGGAAAUUGCCACUUGGUGCCCUGAUAAACUGUUUCACAUUUUCAGCUUGAGCAGUGAGGUGUCAGCCAAGGCGCUGAGACUCGACGAGCUAAAGAGUUGGCGCCAUCUAGGUGGCAUUAUGCUUUGUGGAUAUACAAUGUUCACCAAGUUGAUAAACAAUCAGAGCGGAAAGAUGCAAGCCUUCGAUGAAGCAGAACAUGCGCUGGUCACGAAGCUACUCCUGCAGAAACCUCACAUUGUCAUUGCCGAUGAAGUGCAUUCGAUCAAAAACGACUCAAGCAAGACGUCUUUGGCUGUUCACAAAAUCAACACACAACGCCGCAUUGGUCUGACAGGCUCACCUAUGAGUAACAACACUGCAGAGAUCUUCGCUUUGAUAGACUGGGUCGCACCCAAGUUCCUAGGCAGCAAGACCGAGUUCAAAGCACAUUACCAGGAACCAAUUGAAGCAGGGACCUACGUCGACAGUACCAGAUACGAAGUCCGAAAGUCUAUGACCAAGCUCGCGGUUUUAAAACGAAUCAUCGCUCCAAAGCUCAAUCGUGCUGACAUCACGGUACUCAAAGGUUCACUCAAGAGCAAGGUCGAAUUUGUUCUGACAAUUCCCUUGACUGAUAAACAGAAGCUUGGCUACGAGACUUAUGUCCAAGAGAUCCUCCGUGGCAAGGCUGGUGAAGAAGGGACAACGAUCACACAGGUCAAACUCUUUGGAUGGUUAUCCAUCCUACAGUUGCUGUGCAAUCAUCCGAUCAUCUUCCGUCGUAAGCUACUAGAGCCCGUCAACAAUAAGCAAAAGAGGGGCAAGAGAAACACACUCAAUGCCACAGAGAUCGAGGAUGCAGCUUACGCAGAUGCGCAUGUCUCCCAAUAUGACAUCAACAAGGCUAUAGUGGAUGCUUUGCUCGAAGUUGUCCCUGAAGAUGACUCCAUUGAGUUGUCCUACAAGACUCUGCUCGUCCGAAAGAUUAUGCGUCUUUCGAUCGAAGCUGGCGACAAGGUCCUCAUCUUCUCGCAGAGCAUCCCUUCACUAAACUUCUUGGACCGCAUGCUGUUAAGCAUGGGCGCAAGUUAUGGUCGUAUCCAAGGAGAUAUGGCCCAGGACAAGCGUGAGAAGGUGUUGAAGUCAAUGGCCGAUGGCAAAUUCGAUGUCUUGCUUAUAUCCACUCGUGCUGGAGGGCUUGGCUUGAACAUUCAACAGGCCAAUCGCGUGAUCAUCUUCGACUUUGCCUUCAAUCCGACCUGGGAAGAGCAAGCCAUCGGAAGAGCCUAUCGUCUGGGCCAGACCAAGCCUGUAUUUGUUUAUCGCUUCGUCGCUGGCGGAACGUUUGAAUUCGCACUCUACGACAAGCAACUGUUCAAGACAGGUCUUUCUUCUCGCGUGGUCGACAAGAAAAAUCCCAUGCGCAACGCGAACAAGAAGCCGGGCGACUGGCUGAAGGCACCUCUCGAUGUUCCACAACAGGACAUUAGUGUUGAGGCUGGCAAGGAUGAACACGUGAUGGACAAGAUCAUUGCUAGCCAGCAUGGUGAUCAAGACGAGUUCAUUCGCAGCAUUAAAACUAUGGAGACGUUGAUGGGAGAGUCAAAGGAUGAGGAAUUGACAGCAGAGGAGAUGGCGGAGGUAGAAAACGAUGUGAUGAAAGCAAAGACUCGCAAGCUUACAGGCGGCCCUGAGGUUCGCUCUACUUUGGCGCCAGCUAUGCCUCAGACAGACAUCGUUACUGGACCUCAAGAUCAGACCAAUGCUCAUGUGAGCUCCUCGCCCGCACCAAGCGGAAGAGUGGUCACAAGAUACUGA